AUGUUUGACACCUGUGUCCUAGGAUUAGAAUGUGCAUUAAAAGAACUGUGACAGAAAACUUGGUCUUUGCUUGUUUUUUUUUCAGUGUGUGUUUCUUCUGGUAAAUUGUUGUGUGAAGAAGGACACAGCGGUCCAACCUACGAGUCCAUACAGGCGGUGUUUGACCUCCAGGCCUUCAGGCCGGCGGUGAACCUCAGUAACCCCACCAUCACCAACAUCUCCUUCACCCUCUACGCUGUCCUCGGGGUGAAUGAGAAAACCCAGAUACUGACCACCUUCCUUUGGCUCCGGCUGUACUGGCAUCAUGAGUUUCUUGUUUGGGAGCCUCAGAUGUGUGAUGGCGUCACCAGAAUUUCCCUUCCAGUGAAGAAACUCUGGUCUCCAGACAUCAUUGUUUAUGAAUUUGUGGAUGAUGAUGUUUCCCAGGCGUGUCCUUAUGUUUACGUCAACCACACGGGUCACAUCCGCUGGGACAGGAUGCUCCGCCUGGUCUCUGCCUGCAACCUGGAGAUCUUCAGUUUCCCCUUCGAUGUCCAGAACUGCACAUUUACAUUUGGCUCCUACAUGCACACCAUCAGAGAUGUGAGGGUCAGCCCGGCCUUGACCUUCAAAGAAAUGUCAGGGAACUCCAAGCGCUACCUGGAGGCCAGUGGAGAGUGGGAGUUGGUGGAUAUACUGGGAGAGUCGUCCAUCCUCCAGUUUGGGAUCGACGAGUGGGACAUCAUCACCUUCUGGGUGGUCAUAAAGCGUCGUCCAGUGCUCUACGUGGUCAACCUGCUCAUCCCCAGCUCCUUCCUGAUGCUCAUCGACAUCUUAUCUUUCUACCUGCCGCCCCACAGUGUAGACCGCGCCUCCUUUAAAAUGACCCUGAUCUUGGGCUACACCGUCUUCCUGCUCAUCAUGAACGACCUCCUGCCCAGCACCGCCAACGGAACGCCAAUCAUAGGUAUCUACUUCUCAGUGUGUCUGGCCCUCAUGGUCAUCAGUUUGUUGGAGACGGUCAUCAUCACCAACGUUCUACACCACAACUCCCUGAAGUACCAGGAGGUCCCACAGUGGGUCCGAGUGGUGGUCCUGAAACAUAUCGCACGCCUCAUCUGUUACCGCUGGCCCGAAGAAGACUCACCCUGUUCUGUCCACCCAAAGGAUCGACCUGCCAAUGAGCAAGGCACCACUGACCAAUGCACCAUCACACCAGCCAACCCGACUGCUCCACAGCCCCCGACCAGUAACGGAGUAACGCCCUCAGCUGCUCCAGUGGAACUUCAGCAGAUCUGUCAGUACGUCCAGGACCUUCGGCUCCACCUGGCGUCUGUGCAGAGGGAGGGCGACCUGCAGAACCAGUGGUGUCAUGUGGGCUAUGUUCUAGACUUCCUGCUGUUCCGCGUCUACCUUCUGCUCAUCUCCUGUUACGCUCUCAUCAUCAUCUCCAUGUGGUGCAUCUGGAUCAGUCAGGGCUGA